UGAGCUUGGAUCGCGAGUGCGUCUUCGCUUGCUGUAGGCUCUCAGGCGCCAUGGACCUCCAAUCAGCUGAUCGUGCCUCGAGACUACUGUGGGCAGUUUGUCGCCUUUGUCCCUGGACCAGCUUAGCGUGUCCUGCGAAAUUUCAGUCGCCUUCGGCCUUGGAUGCCUGAUCGUGCCCCUUGCAGUGACGCCCUACAUUUAAAGCCGCGUCCAGUGAAAUACCGCCCUUUCGACUUGGGUCGUACAUCAUGUCAGUUUCUUGUAUCGCCUGCUGCGGCGACUGUGCCGCGCCCAUCUUCGCUCUCAGAUUCCCUGCCAGAGAAAUUUCGACAAGACCUUGCUUCGGCUCUCACGUCGGACAAGGUGACCGGCGCUACCAGUGAAGAUGCGACCUCAGUCUGCGCAUUGGGACUAACACCGAUCAUCUCAUGCGACGCAUGAGCAAACAGCUUGUUUCUGCGGCAUCGCGGAGUAGCCAUGCUCCAUACUUUCUCAUCCUCGU